AUGGAACAAGUAAAUAUGGAUGAAGUUGAUGUGUUGACGCGUUUGCUUCGUAAGCUAAACGCAGCAAAUGUGAGUCCGGAAGAACGUCAGCGACUUCAGGCACAAAUUGAAGAAAUUAUGGGACAGGAGUCCGAUCCAUUUGAAACAAGUGGUGACGUAGAAGAUGAUGAAUAUUUUCCAUAUGAAGAUGACUUCGGUGAAGCAUCAGAUAUAGAACAGGAAAUCGAGUUAGAGGCUGUUCUGGAUGAAAACCAAGAUGAUAUUGAGGAUUUGUAUAGAGAAGCUAUCGCCCUUGAGGCUUCAACUACAAUGGAAUCAUGCAGCACAUAUAUUACCCAGGGCCUUAUAUACAGGUCGAAAGAUGGUAGAAUGUGGAAUUCAAAUCCUCCACCACCUGGAAGGCCUUGUUGUCACAAUGUUACAACUUUUACUCGUAAAGGGCCACUACGAGGAACGUCACCGAGUCAUAGAGCUCUUUUCAAGCUAUUGCUGUCUCCUGAAAUCGUAAGUAUCAUUAUGCGGGAAACCAACAGAGAAGCCGUUGAAGCGUUUCGUCUAUGGAAUGAAAAGCAUCCCAGUAAUAAACAGCGUUCUUGGGUAAUGACUGACGAAGACGAAAUGUAUGCUUUUUUUGGGAUGCUACUUAUUGCUGGUGUAUUCCACUCGAAUUCUCAGCCAGCGAAAGAAUUGUGGGCCAGCUACAAUAUGCCAAUUUAUAAGGCCACUAUGUCAUUGAAUCGGUUCAAGAGCUUAACUACUUUCAUCCGUUUCGAUAACAGUGGUACUCGUGCUGAGAGGUUGAAGCAAAGCAAAACUGCUGCCCUGGACGAUGUAUGGCUCAUGCUGAUGGCCAAUUUAGAGAAAGCAUACACUCCGGAUUGUCAUGUAACCGUCGAUGAAAAGUUAUUUCCAUAUCGUGGGCGCACUCGAUUCACCCAAUAUAUUCCGAGUAAGCCGGCAAAAUAUGGCAUGAAAGUGUGGUGGAUUUGUGACUCUGUUUCAAACUACUCUUUGAAAGGUAUAAUUUAUACUGGAAAACCACCAGGUGGCCAUCGAGAAACGAAUCAAGGUGAACGGGUCGUCAUGAAAUUGAUGCAAAAUUAUAUGGACAGCGGUAGGACUGUUUAUGCUGACAAUUUUUUUUCAACAUACAACUUGGCAGAAAUGUUGAUGAAUCGUAGAGUGGCUUUUGUCGGUACCGUAAGAAAAAAUAAGACCUUCAUUCCGCAUGAAUUGCUUAACCCGAAGCGUGAUGUUAAAAGCACUUUAUUUUGUUAUCACAAUAAUAAUAUCGGUCUGUGCUCGUAUAUGGCAAAGCCGAAAAAGCCAGUAAUUAUGUUAUCCACUGCCCAUUACUGUCAAAGCACCAAUCCAUUGAAAGGAUUCAAGCCAGAUCAAAUUUUGGACUACAAUAAAUUUAAAGCGGGGGUAGAUACAAUGGAUCAAAUGUUGACUGGCUAUUCGUGCAAACGCUCGACAAACCGUUGGCCACUGGCAAUGUUUUAUAAUAUGCUGGAUAUUGCCGGUUUGGCCUCAUUCAUCAUCUAUGACGAGCUGAAUCCGGCAAAGCAGAGUGAUAAGAAGCGCUCAUUUAUCAUUGAAUUGGCACGGCAGCUAGUUAUUCCACAUAUGACGAAACGGGCGACUAACCCAUUAGUAUAUAGUUUGCUCAUAUAA